UCGGAUCAACUAUUUAAGAGGGGAGGGUCAUCUCACUGGACCGUAGGAGGCAUCGCUAAUUUAGAAGAUCGAUCUAUGCACACACGAAGCGGACUCAAGCUCUCGAAGUCGCCGCUGGCGAGACAUGAUGGCCAAACCGCCGGAGCUAGCCGGAAGCGUGUUUGUGCUUCAGUGAAAGCAGUCGAUUUCUUUGACGGUCUUCCGGACGAUCUCGUUCUCCUCAUCUUGUCCAAACUUUCGUCCACUGCCUCUUCUCCCUCCGAUCUCAUCAACCUUCUCCUCACAUGCAGGAGAUUCAAUGGAUUAGGAACGCAUCCGAUGGUUUUGUCUAUAAUUUCAGCAAAAGGGCUUUCUGUGAGAGCCACCACUUGGUCUGAAUCGGCACACCAAUUUUUAAAGAGAUGCGCCGACGCCGGGAGCCUGGAAGCCUGUUACACGCUUGGGAUGAUCCGCUUCUACUGCUUAGAAAACCGGGGAAGUGGUGCGGCGAUGAUGGCAAAAGCGGCCUUGGGUUCCCACUCCGCAGCGCUUUACUCGCUCGCCGUCAUCCAGUUUAACGGCAGCGGCGGAUCUAAAAACGAGAAAGAUCUCCGUGCCGGCGUCGCGCUUUGCGCACGGGCGGCGUAUUUUGGCCAUAUCGACGCGCUAAGAGAGCUCGGCCACUGUCUUCAAGACGGCUACGGCGUUAAACAAAACAUUGGCGAAGGGCGUAGAUUUCUGCUUCUGGCCAACGCACGGGAACUUACUUCGGUUUUUUCGAAUCAAAAGGCGGGGUCUUUGGCCGUUGCGGCGAGUUCUUUGCUUAGUGAUUUUGGGUGUACCGUGCCGGCGGUGCAAGAACAUGAUGUGAAUAGGUUUAUGGUGGAGUGGUUUGAGGGGAAAGGAGAGGGAAGGGAUAGGGAAGGAUUGAGGAUGUGUUCGCAUGGUGCGUGCGGGAGGCCGGAGACGAGGAGGCAUGAGUUUCGGCGAUGUUCUGUUUGCGGUGUUGUGAAUUAUUGUUCGAGAGCGUGUCAAGCGAUGCACUGGAAAGUUGCGCAUAAGUUGGAUUGUGCGCCGAUGGAGAGAUGGCUAGAUGGUGGUGAGGGGAUUCCGGCGGCGGGGGAAGGUGGUGGGGAUGUGAAUUUUGAGGGUCAGUGAAAGAGUUGGUGGAGUUUUCCGGCUCUGUUUUUUUUUUUUUUUAAUUUAGAUCAUUUUUAUUUCAUUUUGAUGUUUUUGGAGAGAUUUAGUUUAAUCAUCUGAUGUACAGUCUCUAGAUCGUAUCUUUAAAAUAUUUUAGGCUUCGAGCA